AUGGCAAAGAAAAUAAACAGAUCGGCUAGUAGUGGAGCUUUUAUUAAAAAAAUACAAUUGGAAAAUGAAGAUUAUGUGGACUUGGAGUUUGACCAUGAAGACGAUAUUGUUUUGGACGACAGAGAGCUCCAGGGAAUGUCAGAAGAAGUUACUUCAGCUGCAUAUACAAACCAGCUGCUGAAAUGGCAUGAAGGUGCUGAUAAGUCGCUUCGUGGAACUUAUCAGAAAAAUUCGCGAACAACUGAAUGGAGAAAAAGAAAAGCAGAUAAUGAUGCUUCAAAUACGCAAGGAAGCUACCGUCUUACAGAUAAAGGCUUCUUUAUUAAAGUUCAAAAAGAGGCUCCAAUUGAAUUAAAAGAAUCUAUUGAUAGUGAAUUGGAGAACAUACAGAUUGACAAAAUUGCUGUGCUUAAACUUGCACAUGAAGAUGUUAAGAAAGAGAUUUUCCCUUAUACUCGCGCAGGUCCUUCUUCUCAGUCAGUUGAUGCUUUUGAACUCUGUAAGCUUAAAUCAGUUGAAUGCUACCUUCGAUACAGAAUAUCAGGCGCCAAAACUAUGGAAGCUUCAGAGAAAGCAUCGAUGGAAAUAUGGCUUCACAAAAACACUUAUCGUCCAGCUGCUAUAAGAAAGUAUGCCAAAGAGUAUGUUGAUUUCCGUUCAAUUGCCUUACACCAACAAGGAAAAUAUUUGAGAAGACAUUCUUUAUUUUCGGAUGAAGAUAUAAAGUCUACUAUCUGUAAAUGGAUUCAGAACCAGAGACCAGAAAAUCGAAGUCUUAUCGAAGUGAAGAAGUACAUUGAUGGAGAUAUUUUGCCAAGAAAGCUUGGUAUACCUGGAAAUACUUCCACAAGUACAAUCUGGAAGUACCUUCAUGAAUGGGGUUAUGUGUUUAGAAAGAACUCUAAAGACAUUUAUUACGACGGUCAUGAAAGAGAGGAUGUGAUUGCAUACCGUCAGAAAUGGGCAAAAAGAAUGAUGGUGUACAAGAAGAAAAUGGCAACUUUUUCUGAAAAUGAAGAAACUGUAGUUUUGCCAGUACUUAGAUCCGAUGAAAUAGAGCAUGUUCUUGUUACUCACGAUGAAUCGACAUUCUACGCAAACGAUGGGAAAGAUACCAUGCGGCUAAUGGAAGAUGAAAAUCCUAUCCGUAAGAAAGGUCCAGGAAUGUCUCUCAUGAUCAGUGAGUUCAAGUGCGUAUGCCACGGAACAAUGGCUAGAGGGGCAUGGUCGUCACGAGAGGUAUUCCGCCCUGGGGCCGACAGAGAUGGGUACUGGACGAGUGCGGAUAUGUUGAAGCAAUUGAAAAACAAUGUUAUUCCUCUUUUUGAAUUGAUUCACCCAGGGUGCAAGGCCGUCUUUUCAUUUGACCAAAGCACAAAUCACAAAGCGUAUGGUCAAAAUGCUUUGAUCUCAAGCAAAAUGAAUCUAAAUGACAAAGAGAUUGAAGACGACGAUCCUUGUUCUUUGCGGGAUACAGUAUUUGUCCGGAAUGGUGUAGAGGAAGUACAAUCAAUGUACUACGAGAAGGAUGAAUGGUUUGCAAAGAAAAGUGGACAAUGGGUCCAAAAUAAGGUUAAAUAUGUUAAAGGCGUCCGUCAUAUUCUGGAGGAGCGUGGUUUGUGGCUUGAGAAGGAUCCGUAUAAUCCUAUUAAGAAAUGGCGACUAGACUGUAAGAGUAAAGACGCCUCUGAAGAUAGCAAGUGCUGUGCACAUCAUUUUCUGGCUUCACAACCAGAUUUUAUGUCACAGAAAACUGCUCUUCAUGAGGCUGUCGAAGACUCUGGUCAUAUAUUUGAACUUUACCCUAAGUUCCAUUGCGAAUGCAAUUGGAUUGAGAGGUAUUGGGGUGCCGCAAAGCGUGAAGCUAGCCUCCAGUGUGACUAUACGUAUAAGUCCCUGGAUAAGAAUAUCCAUACUUUGCUGGAUCACGCUGGUAAGCUUCCAAAUAUCCGCCGGUAUUACAACCGCUCGUGGCGCUACAUUGAGGCAUACAGCCAAGAGAUGAACGUGAAAGAAGCCAAUGAUGUUGUAAAAAAAUUUACAAAAAAAAAAUAUACUUCUCAUCGCCGUGAUGAAGGAAGAGAAUAG